AUGUUGGGCUCGGGCGUGGUCAAGGGGUGUGUGUGUCUGUCUGGUUGUCUUUUGGUGCUGUCCCACCCUGUUGCUGCUGCUGGUGCUGCUACAGCAGCUGCAGCUGCAACAGCAGGAAUGGGUGACAGCCUGUGGCUGGCUGAACCUGUUGACACCGCACCAGUCUCAUCGGUGACAGCCACAGAUUCUGUGCAUUCAGAGGAUUCAGCCCUGCACAUGAAGGCAGAGGUGCAGCAGCAGCAGCAGCAGCAGCAGCUGAUGCUGCAGCAGCAGCUGCAGCCCGAUGCAGUCCUACAGAAGGUCGAAGAUGAUCCGGAGGCGCCUCAGCCGACGAUCGAUGUUGCUGGUCUGCAACAGCAGCAGCAGCAGCAGCAGCAGCGCAGUCCUGGCGAAGACUCCGUUGUGCUGGUUGAGGGGGAAGUGACGGAUUCUCCUUUGUCUUUGCUAGCUGAGGCGGGAACAGAAGAAGAUCCCUUAGAGGAGGAUUUGCUGCUGCCUACUGAGAGGCUAACACUAGAAGGGGAAAGAUUACCAUUAAAAUUGUCUGAUGGUACGUCUGUGGGGGAGCUGCAGGUGCCUCUCUUAGAUCGUCAGAGAAGGAAACUUAGGGGUCUUAAGACCCUAUCUGCUGGCCUCCUCCUCUUCUUAUACCUUCUUACUACAAGAAGAGGGGGACCCCUUACCCUUAAGGAACAGACAGCGAUGACAGUUGCUUUUGUGGGUCUUGUGCAUUUCCUUGAGUCUUUAUUUAGAAAACAAGGGGAAUUCCAAUUUACGGUGUCUGUACACCCCAAGGGUCCUAAGGAAGAUUUAGUUGGUCUUGUUGAAUAUGGAGGUCUAACAGAAGCAAAACAGUCAGCUGCAUCCCGCAUUCGGAAGGCAUUAAGAUCUUCUCUUGUAGGUAUCCCUACCUUCUUCCUUGUAUCAGGACUCUUUAUGACUCUUGGCUUCCCUCUUGCUGCUGGUAUCCUCUUAGGUGUUAUGAUCUUUAUACUAGGAGGACUUGCCUCUCUUAUUAGCGGCGCAGGGGGCACCUUUGCUGAUCUCCUCCGCAGCUUCUAA